AUGAACACGUUGAUCUCACCAAAUUCUACAUACCGGUACCUUUUUCAGGUCCCCUACUCUUCCAUCUCCUCGGUUCGAAACAACAAUACCAACAUUGUUAACGUUACAAGGUUCCAUUCCACUGCUACUACCAACUUGUUCUCGCACUCAUUCGUUUGUGCCACGCUCUUCGCACGUGCCACUUCCGAUGAAGUAGACACGCAAACAGUAACUGAGGAACUCGCAGAGGAGACGAACGUGGAAGAGAAAACCAACAAGGAGAACACGUCCACUUUUUCUGCUCCAAUUGACAAAGAGCUUAAAAAGGCUGGUUCUAAGUUCCCACUUUUGGGUCGUUCUUGA